AUAACUAGGAUAACGCUGCUUUGUUCCAAUUAUAACCAUUUACAGGAGGCCAUAGCUGAUGAAGUGACUCGAUCUGGCCGGUCAGUUGACAAGGUCCGAGCUGAUGCCGAAGCCACGGUGAGAAUGAUGGCUCACAACUGGGGACUCAUUAGUACCCGAACUUUUGGCUAUGCUGUCACAAAAGUGUUGGAGCGAAUAUUCGACUCCAUUUACGUGAAUGCCGAUCAACUGAAGAAGGUCCGGGAGCUGUGUAAAACCGAUGCAGUGGUGUUCAUGCCAUCUCACAGGACCUAUCUCGACUUUCUUCUCCUUUCUCUCUUCUGUUUUGAAUAUGAAGUUCCACUCCCUGCAAUCGCCGCCGGCAUGGAUUUCACGAACUCCUGGUUCAUGAGCGAGGUCCUACGACGAUGUGGGGCAUUCUAUAUUCGAAGGUCAAUUGGCCAGGAUCAUUUGUACUGGGCAAUUCUUUCCGAAUAUGUGCAGACUCAUCUGGUUUGCGGCGACCGACCAGUAGAAUUCUUUGUCGAAGGUACGAGGAGUCGCGUGGGCAAGAGCCUUCAUCCCAAAUAUGGCCCUCCUUCAGAUGGUUCUCGAGCCUUAGUAGUUCCGGUUACAACAAAUUAUGAUAAAUUAUUGGAGGAAAUGCUGUACUCCUAUGAAUUACUUGGAUUCCCGAAACCGAAAGAGAGUACUUCAGGUCUUCUCAAGGCUCGCGAUUUUCUAAACAAGCGAUUUGGAAGGUGUUUCAUGACAUUUGGCGAGCCGAUAUCUGUUCGCAACUAUUUCGGAAAUUCGUUACAACGAUCUCAGCCGGACUCACAGUUUAUCCUGUCCGAUGAACAGCGGAAGCAGAUCAAAAAAUUUGCCCAUGUUGUCGUUAAAGCGCUCGAUCGGAACGCAGUCAUCACCAUAUGGUCAAUAACGUGUGCUGCCAUAGCUCAGGUACUUUUGAUGACCACC